AUGGAAGGUAAGAACAUCUUUUUUUCGAGCCUUGAGGAAAUUUCGGAAGAGGUUGUGGUUGGAAUUGACGAAGCAGGGAGAGGGCCGGUAAUUGGAUACAUGGUGUACGGAGCUCUUAUUUCUUCAAGGACUACCUUGGAAAACACAGGAUUCCGGGAUUCAAAGGUCCUGACAUCUGGGCAAAGACAUGACUUCUUUAAGAUGAUAAAAGAGAGGGGAUUUGGAUAUGUUUACCAUUGCACUCAUCCAGACUACAUCACAGAAAUGAUGCAGGUCAAGUCCACCAGCCUCAAUGAAAUAUCUUUGAUAUCAGUCCUCAAGAUACUGGAGGAAAUAAAAGCCAAAUGCAAGAAAGUGGAUACAGUCUAUGUGGACGCACUUGGGGACUGCGAAAAAUACAAGGCUAGACUUGAAGAGGCCUAUCCGUAUAAGUUUGUGAUUGAAGAAAAAGCGGAUUCAAAGUUCCAGAUUGUUUCUGGAGCUAGUAUAGUUGCCAAGGUCCAGAGAGACAUUCUAAUUUCCCAAUUUGGAAGCAACCUUGGGUCGGGAUAUCCCAGCGAUCCAGAUACAAUCAAGUGGCUGAAAAGGAACGCCAAUGCAGUCUUUGGAUUUCCACCCGGGGUUAGGUAUUCAUGGGCUACGGUUAAGAGAAUUCUUGGAGAAAGAAGGUCAAAACCACUCAAGGGUGAUUUGGAGGGCUUCUAUCUCAACAACACUUGA